CUUUUGUGACUUUACUAUUAUAUAGAAAUAAUAGUAAUAAAUAAUAAUGGAUUCUUCAGCUGAUAAUGUGACUCCACAGGGGUCUGGGGUACCGGCGCAACCUGGCGUCUCAGGACUUCAGUCUAACAUUCAUCCGGUGAAGUUACGUUUAAAACCAUCGCCAUUGGCAAGUGUUUCCUGUCGCAAGCCCAUACUAAAUGCAAAAAAGAAGCUACGUGCGUUUUCGAUUCAGAAAAAAGAGAAGGCCGCAAUUGUACCUGUUGCAGUUCCGAAAACUGUCACCGCCGGGAACACCACAGUGUUAAUAGGGAAACUGAGCAGUGCGAAGGUGACUCCAAAACCGGAACCAGAUCCAGAUGUUAAGAAACCACCAAAACCGCCCAGACCUGGAACUUAUUAUGAUACCUCAUAUCUAGAACUACAGAAGAAGAAUAUAGCAGAAAUAGAGGAUAUGAAGCGUAAGAUGGAACUGGUUGAUCUGGGGAUACCACUAGGUCUCAUAUGUCCUACGCCCACAAGCGAGAAGGGAAUGCCUAGUAAAGCUAUGCCACCAAUCAAAUCUUUCUUAGAUCCAGCCAAAGUAGAUGAAUUAAUCCGUGAAGCUAAAAAAGCUAGGGCAGAGGGAAAGAAUUUUAAAUUUGAUAUCCAAAAGUUUUUACCGGACUAUGAUAAUCCCUUCCAACGUAAAAAAGAAAACCCAGAAUCAGAACAGAAACUAGAUGACCAUCGUCAAAAUAUAGUAGAUAGGAGAGAUAUGAGAAAAAGUAGUAAGUAUGAUAAUAGACGACAUUCCGAUUUCAGGAAGGAUGAUAGAGAUAGGUAUAAGGAUGAAAGAGACAGAUAUAAGGAUGAUAGAAGUAGAUAUAAGGAUGAUAAAUAUAAAUAUAAAAGUAAGGAAAAAGAUACAAAUAAGGAUAGAGAUGUAAGAAAAGAAGAAAUUAAGAGGGUAGAAAAGAUUGAUAAAGAAAUAAAAGAAACGAAUGUGAACUUAAACGAUUAUUUGGUUUGCGACAGUUGGUCCCUGGACACGGAAGAUAAGACAAAUAGUUCUAGCCCUAAAGUAAUAGACAAGGCUAUGAAAUUAGCAAUAGAUAAUAAAAGCAGAACGGCAAGCGAACAAACAAAAGAAUCAAAGCUCGUAAAGGAUUGUGAUAAAGUGACACACACUGAUAGCCCAUUGAUCAACCCUGUUAAAAUGGAAAAACUUAAGCCAGUUAACGAUUCAUUAAAAUUCGAAAUUGACCUAAAUGAUGAUGAAAUGUUAGAUACUAAUGAAGAAUAUAAUAAACCAGUUAUUAAGAAAGAUUCAAAGUAUGAAUCUCCGGUUUUAAAAGGAGAUUAUGAUGAUCUGUCUAAAGAUGUGUCAAUUGACAAUAAUGAUGAGUUUUUGGAGUCGAUUAUAAAUGAAAUAAAACAGGAAGAGUUAAGUGACGUGAGUCAAGAUAAAGGUCUAGUAGAAUACGAUAUUUCUCCACCUAGGAGUGAUGUACAAGAAGAUCCGAGUCAUGGAUCUGUGACUCCAGAACUGGACGAGAAAAUGAGGGAUUUGACUAGUCAACAGAGUCAUUACUCAGAUGGUUAUAGAUCAUCUGAGAGCGGUUAUAAGUCUGUCGAGAGUGGGUACAGGUCAAGGGAUAGUUACAGAUCUGAUAGCUACCGGUUGUCUGUAGAAAAAGAUUUGGAUGUUAUGGCAGAUAAGAUGUCGAAGUUUACUGUGGAUUCUUUGGAGACUUGGAGCUUUGUGUUGAAAAUUUGUCAGCCUUUACUGUUCCGGCAUGAUAAAAAUAAAUGUUACAAAGAGACACUUAGUGUCCCGAAGAUCUGGUACACAGAAAACCCACGUCUGUGCUCAUGUGUGAAGGACCGCUCCAUUGUCUAUGAAGAACUUGAAAUGUGCAAAAUGAGCCUCGUCGACCGAGUUUACGGGUGUGAUCAGAUUGCAGAUUUUCCAUUCCCGAAUGCCCGUACGUGGUACCCUCGUUUCGGGUUCUGUGUCCCUACCAGCAGUGGGCUGGAACUGUCCAGCGAGUGGGAGAUUGAGGAGGCUCAGGUUGACGUGCCAAACACCAAAGAAAAAGAGAGGUCUAUGACUCCGCAGAGAACAGAUGACAUUUACAAUAGGAAAUAUCAGACAUCUAAAAACAAGGAAUGCGAGAUAAAAGAUAAAAGUGACGUGUCGCCAAUUAAAUCGAAACUCAAGGACAGAUCACUAACCCCACGGAGGAAUGAGGAGAUUUGUCUCGACACAGAGUAUCAAAGAUUCAUGCAAGCCGUAUGGCCUGAAGUGAGCUCCGAAGCAAAAACUGACGUAUCCAGAAGUACGACGCCCGUUCGACAAGAGACAAGAAAGAAAAAGAAGAAUGAAGAGGAGAUUGAGACGGAAGAAAAGAAAAAAGCGAAAAAGAUAAAGCUGAGCAGCGAGGGUUGGAGCCAGGAGUCGGAUUUAGAAGAAGAAGUGGAGAGAAGCAGAAAAGCGAAAAUAAUGAAGGACAAGGAAAAAGAAAAAGUUCGUAAACGCAAGCAUUCGACGUCUACAUUCUCCACUCUGUCUGAUAGCGAUGAAACAUCAGUGAAGAAAAAGAAGAUUGUUAAGAAGAAGGCGAGCAAGAAAUCGAAGGCGGCCAAACAACGGCGUCUUAAUAAAAAGUAUUUGAAGAAGUUAAAAGAUAAAGAGAAGAAAAAGAAGAAAAAACUGAUAAAAUUGGAAAUGAUGUCAGAAUCCGACGAUGAAGAUAUAGGCGAUAAAAAGGAGAAAAAAGCUAAAAAGAAAAGAGAAGUGAAAUUAAAAAAGGCACAGAAGAAAAAGAAAUCUCGUGCUAAAUCCACAUCAAGUAGUAGUUCGUCCAGCAGCGACAGUAGCUCUGACGUCGAUACAGACCAUAAAAGUAAGAAGAAAAAAGCAGCACAAAAAAAGAAAAACAAAGCGAAAAAGAGACAGCAGUCUACAUCUGAAUCAAGUCAGAGCGACGAAUUAUUUGAUGUUAAUGUACUAAAUAACAUUAAAACUGAGAGAUUAACGGAUGAUGAAAACAUUUUUUCUCCAAGACGACAGAAGCCUAGAGAAAUCAUUAAUGUUAAAGAAUUACAAAAUGAUUUUGUUGGUAAUAAUAUACAUAUAAAGCAGGAAAAAGAAGAAGAGACGAAGAAGAUAGUAGAAAAUAUAGAGAAACCAGUAGAAGAGGAAGUUACUGGAACACCUGGUCCUAUUGAAGAGCCUGUUGCAGUGGAAAAGAAGCGCAAAGGUGAACCUGAGCCCGCGCCUGAACUUGAAUUGGAACAAAUUCACGAGCCUGAAACUGACAAGAUAUCUGCUAAUGAACCUCAAACUACAAUUUUUGAAGUGCCCCAAACUGUAUCACAAAUCCCCGUGGUGGACGAAUCGAACGCAUCCCAAUGUUCCUCACAAGAGUCUACUUGCAGCAUCAAAGAGCCGAUCCUGUAUGAAAAGGAUGAAAGUCAUCUGCGGCCGUCAUCGCAGAAUUCCAACUACAGUUUCAAUGAUGUCAUUAGCGCCAGUCAAGGUCAAGGGUUGUACCCGAAGGGGAUGGAGCAUGAAGAGGAUAAGUACGAAAGCUAUGAGCAAGGCAACUAUGAAAUGUAUGAACAAUUGGCUAUGGCGUAUCAGAGUGACGUGGCCAGUCAGGCGAUAUCUCCGCCGGCGAGCGAGUCGCAGCAGAUCGAGACGGUGGUCCGCGGUCGCGGAUGCGGAGAGAUCAAGUGCGACUGGCGAGCCGGGGACCGACCCGCGCCCGCCCCGCACAGACCCUCGCGGUGGGGUUUGAAGCCCGGUGAGGUGAACAUCGUGUUGACCGGCGGUGGUGAACAAUACCCUAUCCAGACCGUGGAACCUGUGUACCGCAUCGAGAGUCUCGCAAACCGACACGACAAUCCGUCCAUGAGGUUCAGUUUCCCGUGCAGUUACGACGAAGCAUAUAUGGACACGUACGGCGCGGCAGACCGCUUGCAGUACGGCGACUGUUUCGCUCCGCAGCCCGAGCCCGAUACGGAUGUCGAGCACGAGCCGGAGUCCCGGCCGCAUCAGGCAGCCGGCCGAAGCUCACUCGACGCUCGAAUACAUCUUGCGCUCCAAAAUACGGUUCUGGGCGAUGUUGCGAAAGAGAUGCAAGAAACUGAUGCUGAUAAAGAUGGAAAAGGAAUCUUGAAUUCUAAAAGCUUACGCCCUGGUAAGCGCGUGAGCUUCGCAGACGGGUAUAAGCCUGGCCAGGACUCUGAUACAGAGGAACCACCCGUCAGAAAGUCUCUCCCUGUCGGUGAGCAGAAGAAGAAGGUGCGUCGCGUGGGGUGCGCGUGGCCGUGCCCGGCGACGCACCCCGACCACGUGCCGCUGUGGGACGCGCUGCCGCCGCCGCCGCCGCCGCCCGGCUCGCCUCCGCCGAGGGGGCUGCAGCUCCCGAGGGGCCCACCCAUCCCUGGGGGCCCACAGCUCCCUGGAGGCCCACAGCUCCCUGGAGGCCCACAGCUCCCUGGAGGCCCACAGCUCCCUGGAGGCCCACAGCUCCCUGGAGGCCCACAGCUCCCUGGAGCCCCGCAGCUGCCUGGAGCCCCGCAGCUGCCUGGGGGCCCGCAGGUCCCGCAGCUCCCGAACAUGAUGCAGCCGCCGCGGCCCGGCCUGCUGCCGCUGCCGCCGCAGCACGUGCUGCUGCCGCCCCACCCGCCCCCGCUCACGCACCCGCAUCGCAACUUCGAUCCAAAUUCGUCUAUACGUCCGUUCAUGCCGCCGGAGCCGCCGCCUGGAUUGAUCAGCUUCCACUAG